AUGGCUCCGAGGGGGAAAGACCUUUCACUCGAGCAAAAGCAGACGAUAAUUAAAUUGAAUGAGAGUGGUUUAAGUAGCCGGAAAAUUUCGGAAAUUAUCGGAAUAAGUCCAAAUUCCAUACAGAAAGUUGUAAGACGAAAUGCUGAAAGGGGUUCCGUGGAAAACAGAGAAAGACCGGGAAGACAACGAUUGGUGGGCGAAAGAGGUGAUCGCGUCUUGUCAAGGUUGGUAAAGAAAAAUCGUCGUCAGAUUCUGUCAGAUUUAACUGAUAAAUUUAACGAAUCUGUACCACAGAAAGUGUCUAAUAGAACUGUUAGAAGGAGAUUAAAAGAACAGAAAUAUCAAAGAUGCUCCGUUUCAAAGAAAAUAAUCUCGAAACCAAAUCGUCAAAACCGUGUUUUGUGGUGUCGAUCCAAAUUAGGGUGA